AUGGCAAGCUACCUAUGGAGAAAAUAUGCAGAUUAUUUGUACACAAAGUGGGAAAAGACCUUCCUUUGGGACAUGGUGGAACCUUACAGAAGGCCCAAAUCCUUUACUCCAUUGGUUACUAUUUACAUUGCGGCUUUCUACUCUGGAGUCAUUGGUGCUGCCAUCACUGAACAGCUGUACAAGCUUCAUGUGAGGGCGAAAAAACUCUCAGAGGAGGAGAGGUGGGAUUGGAAUCAGAACUGUGGUGAUUGGGUUCCAGGAGAGAGAGCCGUUGUGUGA